CUUUAGUGCGGGAUCGUUUCACGAUGUUGUGCUACGUGCUACUUUUGGCAUUUUCGGUGGCGGCGAGCGCCCAGACCUCGCCCAACGCGCAGCUCGUCAAGGAAUUGCUGCAGGCAGACCCGACACCGCUCCAUUCCGACAACAUCGUGCAGGAUGCGUUGCUCGAUGCGCCGGGUCUUAUCCGCAAGUACGGCUACCCAGUGGAGGUGCACAACAUAGUAACGGCGGACGGGUACGUGGUGCAGGCGCACCGCAUCCCGCACGGCCGCGACGCCAACAACCGGCCCGGACCGCGCCCGGUCGUGCUGCUCAUGCACGGACUCUUUUGCUCCUCGGCCGACUUCCUCGUUCUCGGCCCUGGUAACGCACUAGCUUACGUGCUCGCGGAGGCGGGAUACGACGUGUGGCUCUCCAACGCGCGCGGUAACUACUACUCCCGUCGGCAUUUGUUCCUCGAUCCCGACGACCGCGAGGGGCUCCAGUUCUGGAAAUUCAGCUGGGAUGAAAUAGGCAACCUAGAUCUUCCCGCUAUCGUUAACUUCAUCGUCGUAAACACCGGCCAGCAAAAAAUGCACUACAUCGGCUAUUCUCAGGGGACGACCACAUUCCUCGUUCUGAACUCUUUGAGGCCUGAAUACAACGAUAGAUUUAUAUCUUUCCAAGCUCUUGCGCCGUCUGCGUUUGUCGAGAACAAUGAAAACAAGUUACGAGAGAUAAUGGUCCAAUUCGAGGAUGUGUUGGAGGUCGUAGCAUUUAACCUGGGAUUCGGAGAACUAAUGGGAGGAGAGGGUUGGCGCCAGAUUUUCACCGCGUUGGGGUUAACGUUCUGCAACGACCAGUCUUUCCUCCAACCUCUCUGCGUCGCCGCUAUUCUCGGCACGGGAGAAAUCGAGAAUUUCAACAAAACGAUGCUACCCGUGUUCGUGGGCCACAACCCGGCCGGGGCCGCCCUCCGCCAGAUCGUCCACUACAGUCAAGUACUGCGCUUCAACCGCUUCGCUCGCUACAACAAUGCCAACCCCCUCACCAAUCUCGCCCAGUACGGCAGCCUGACACCGCCCGAGUACGACUUGUCCAAAAUAUCAGUACCGGCGUACCUGCAUUACGGGAAGAACGACGCUCAGAGCGAUUUCCGAGACGUACUUCUUCUUGGCGAACGACUCGGUAACACGGUCGGCGUCUACCCCGUCGAACGAGAAACGUUCAAUCACUUUGACUUUAUUUGGGGAGGAGACGUCAGGACGCAGCUCUAUGACAAGUUAGUCGACUUGAUGAGAUCCGCUGAGAGAGCGCUGGAUCGGAAUUCAGAAGUGUAAAUAUUUAUCGGUUCCAACAUAAAUGCGCUGGAUCAAAGUAGAGUAUGUACGUUUGCACAACAAUAAAAUAAGAAUCAAACUGAAGUGUCAUUCAAAUGUAGUUUUAACAAUAUAUUUUGUACAGUCGACCUAAACUAAGAAAGUAAGACCUGUAGUCUAUUCCAAUCGAAGAAGGAAUAAAGAUAAACAAGCCUCAGCUUUACGUACGCCACGCGAUUGGCUAAGGCUCAGCUAUGCAGUGCACUGCUCUUGCUGAAUAUAUAAUACAACACUAUUCCACGAAACUACAUAUAUCUACUUUGAAUUUAAGUUCAGAUAAAACAUUUGUCCACGAAAAAAAUGGCAAUGAGUUUUAUAGAUUAUUAUUUGAGCUCUCGAACAAUUAUGUCCCGUCAAUUCGAUUUGUUUAUUUGGCUUUUGCCGUCUCGUGGUACACUGGAACAACGAAAAUAUUAUAUUCUCAUACGGUGUACUACCAAUCGCAGAGGAUUGCUAUGAAAGUAAGGGUCCACGUCCAGUGAGGCGUCAAAUCCAAAGUUGUUUUAGUCGUCUAUGAUAUAACCAAUAACUAUCGGCAGGUAUUGUUUUUGAAAUUAACUUCAAAUAUCGAAAUAAUUGGUACGUAUGACUUAAUAUGCAAUAUCGUCACUGUCAUAAAAAGUAGAUUGUACAGGAGAGCUACUUGUGAAGAAAACAGUAUUUGAUAUAAAAAACAAUAGUUACUUUACUCCAAGGAAUGUAUUUUU